GAUAUAGCUUGUCAUGCCUUGGACAGCCGAGAGCACAGCGUCGAAGGACGAAGAUGACUUCUGGGUCGAGGAAGAAUACGUUCCCACACCUCCAAAAUCAGCCUAUGACUCUAGGCACUGCAACGACCAUGACAGGUAAAGGUGGCUCUAAAAUCCGCGAGCUUCAAGAUACCACUGGUGCACGGAUAAAAGUUUUGAGAGAUGAAGAGGAGGUCUACACUACCCAUGAGGCUAAGAUUGAGCUCGAAGGCACUGUGGAAGUUCGUCGAAAAGCACAACAGCUUAUCGAGGAGCUCAUCUAUCCACAAGGAACAGGAACACGCUUCAGCAAGCGAGAAGAGGGGCCGAACAAAGAGGAGCCGCUCCCUUUCAUUGACUGGGCAAAGCUGAUUGCAGAAAGCGAUCAACAGCGGGAAGAGCGUUGGGCUUCUCUUCCACCAAUUGUAAAGAAGUUCUACAUCGAAGAUCCUGAAGUUGCAUGCAUGUCUGUCAAGGAUGUUGAAACUUUCAGGUUGGCCAACAACAACAUAGUUAUCAAUUACUUGGGCCCCAAAGAGCAGCCCCCUGAUGACAUAGCAAGCAACCCUGUGACAACCUUUGAACAGGCGUUUUCCAACUAUCCGGAAAUCUUGAAUGAAAUUUACAAGAACCAGUUUCUGAAGCCAUCUCCGAUUCAGAGUCAAGCCUGGCCCAUUCUGCUUCAAGGUCAAGACCUCAUUGGUAUUGCACAAACAGGCACUGGAAAAACUCUGGCUUUCCUCUUGCCAGCCAUGAUCCACAUUGACAGCCAGCCAGUCCCAAGAGAGGAGAGGACGGGGCCAUCUUGUCUGGUUCUUGCUCCAACUCGUGAACUGGCACAGCAGAUUGAACGCGAAGCCAGGAAAUACAACUAUCGGGGCAUUAGAUGUGUAUGCAUCUAUGGAGGUGGCAGUCGGCGAGAGCAGAUCCAGACCGUCAACCUUGGCGUGGAGAUAGUCAUUGCAACCCCUGGUCGCCUCAAUGACCUUGUCAUGAACAACAUCAUCGACCUCAAAUAUGUCACAUUUUUGAUCUUGGAUGAAGCAGACCGCAUGCUGGACAUGGGCUUCGAGCCACAGAUCAAGAAGGUGCUACUGGACAUUCGGCCAGACCGACAGACAGUUAUGACUAGUGCCACCUGGCCAGAGGGUGUGCGCCGGCUCGCGCAGCAGUACAUGAACAAGCCUUUCCAGGUGUUUGUUGGCUCCCUCGACCUGGCGGCCGUGCACACAGUGACCCAGACUGUAGUCCUCUGUGAUGAGAAUGAAAAGUUUCAAGAGCUUCUUGCUUUUCUCGAGUCCAUGCAGCCCGACGACAAAGUGAUUGUUUUUGCAGACAAGAAGGUCAUGGUGGAUCACCUGUCGAGUGAGUUUGCUUUGUCUGGUGUCAACUGUCAAUCUAUUCACGGAGACAGGGACCAGUGUGAUCGUGAGCAAGCACUUGAAGAUCUUCGGAGUGGGACAGUGCGAAUUCUAAUUGCCACUGAUGUUGCCGCCCGAGGUUUGGACAUAAAGGAUGUAACGCACAUCUUCAAUUAUGAUUUUCCCCGAAAUAUAGAAGAAUAUGUCCAUCGAGUGGGCCGAACAGGUCGAGCUGGGCGUCGUGGUGAGUCAAUCACAUUAGUAACCCGUGAAAACUGGAGACAUGCUCGUGAGCUGAUCAGUAUAUUGGAAGAAGCUAACCAAGAUGUCCCUCAAGGUCUCUAUGCAAUGGCUGAACGUUUUGAUGCCUGGAAGAAACGACGUGACGAGGAGAACCGUUCCUUUGGAUUGGACAGAGGUGGUGGUCGAGGUCGGUAUAACCGCUCUCGAUGGUAAGAGGAC